CUUUCACGUCUUUAACCUCGUGCACCACGUAUCCGGAAUACCGCCGCAUGUAAAUUUGGUGAAGGGGUGUUAAGUUACGAUACAAUUGGAUUCAUUUGGAUUCCGUGUGGUGACGAUGCAAAAUAAUUCGAAAACUAGAGAGAUGUUUAUCGUGAGAGCUCUUGAAAAAAUCCUGGCCGAUCGGGAUGUCAAACGGUCCCAUCUCUCCCAGCUUAGGAAGUCUUGCGAAGCGGCACUUGAUGAUUUACGUAAUGAAAUCAAAGAAGUUCCUACGGCUCAAGGUGAAGAGGCAACUAGUAAUGCACUUCCACAACCAAAGAGCGAUUCUAAUGUCAUCUCAGCAGAGAAGUAUUUUUUGCCAUUUGAUUUGGCUUGCCAGAGCAAGUCUCCUAGAAUCGUCGUCACAGCUUUGGACUGUUUACAAAAGCUUAUUGCCUAUGGCCACCUGACUGGCAAUGUGCCAGAUUCAACUGAGCCUAGCAAACUCUUAAUAGUACGCAUAGUGGAAACAAUAUGUGGUUGUUUCAUGGGUCCUCAGACCGACGAGGGUGUUCAGCUACAAAUAAUAAAGGCCUUGUUAACUGUCAUGACUAGUCAGCAUGUUGAGGUACAUGAAGGUACUGUUUUGCUGACGAUACGCACAGUUUACAAUGUUUACCUUGCUUCGAGAAACCUGGUGAAUCAAACGACAGCACGAGCUACUCUUACACAAAUGAUAAAUGUUAUAUUUGCUCGUAUGGAAACUCAAGCGCAGGAGGAGGAAGCUUUACGUACAGAAUCGGAACAGCAGGAUUUGCCUAGUACUUCAGGUGGCGAAACUGAGAGUGAACCUGCAAAUAAUGAAGAAGCAACUGCAGAUAAUUCUUCAGAAGCUCAUAACGCAGUCAAGGCCAUCCUUGAAGAAGUUGUCAGUUCUGUUAUACCAGAAGAACCUGUAACAGCACCACCUUCCGAAGAAGUUAGUCUGGACCAUGUUCCUACGGACGACAACACUGAUGAAGGAGCUGUUGAGAAUGAUAACAUGGUUACUGCAAAAUUCACUCAUGUUCUACAGAAAGAUGCAUUUUUGGUCUUUCGAGCACUGUGCAAACUUUCUAUGAAGCCACUUCCAGAUGGUACACCGGAUCCAAAGUCCCACGAAUUACGAUCGAAAAUCCUAUCAUUGCAGUUACUUCUAGGCAUUUUACAAAAUGCCGGACCUAUUUUACGUUCAAACGAGAUGUUUGUCAUUGCUAUAAAACAAUAUCUGUGCGUAGCAUUGUCAAAGAACGGAGUUUCCUCUGUACCCGAGGUCUUUGAGCUUUCACUAGCUCUAUUUCUCGCUUUGCUUGCCCGUUUCAAAGUCCAUUUGAAGAUGCAAAUAGAAGUAUUCUUCAAGGAGAUCUUCAUGAACAUCCUGGAGACCUCGAGCAGCUCCUUUGAGCACAAAUGGAUGGUGAUACAUGCGCUGACGCGAAUUUGCGCAGAUGCACAAAGUGUAGUAGAUAUAUACGUAAAUUAUGACUGUGAUCUCUCCGCAGCCAAUUUAUUUGAAAGGCUAGUUAACGACUUAUCAAAAAUAGCACAGGGUCGACAGGCGCUUGAACUAGGCGCAUCUCCAAAUCAGGAGAAAUCAAUGCGUAUUAGAGGACUGGAGUGUCUAGUCUCGAUACUUAAAUGCAUGGUGGAAUGGAGCAGGGAUUUAUACGUGAAUCCCAGUGUACCUGCUGAUCAACAAUUACCUUCAGAACCUCCGGAUCCUCCAUUAGAACCGCCAUUGCCACGUUAUGGUAGUGCAGGUAGUUUGUCCUCUGCAAAUUCUAGUCUCGUAGGGAACAAGGAAGUUCCUGACUCACCAGAACAGUAUGAAGUUCAAAAGCAGCAGAAGGAAGUCUGGGAGGCUGGUAUUGACAUAUUUAAUCGGAAACCAAGUAAGGGCGUUCAGUACCUCCAGGAGCAAGGCCUUCUCGGUUGUUCUGCCGAGGAAGUCGCCCGGUGGCUUCACAUGGAUGAGCGCCUUGACAAAACUGCAGUAGGUGAUUUUCUCGGUGAUCAUAAUCACAAUCAAGUCAUGUACAAUUAUAUAGAUCAGAUGGAUUUUGCCGAGAGAGAUCUAGUUACGGCACUCAGGUACUUUCUCGAGGGUUUCAGAUUGCCUGGUGAGGCACAAAAGAUUGAUAGGUUAAUGGAGAAAUUCGCCAGUCGAUAUUGCGAGUGUAAUCCUACCAAUGGAUUAUUUACUAGUGCAGACACAGCUUAUGUUUUGGGAUUUUCGAUAAUUAUGCUCACGACCGACUUGCACUCACCUCAGGUCAAGAAUAAAAUGACCAAGGAACAAUAUAUAAAAUUAAAUCGACGUAUCAGUGACAAUGAAGAUUUACCUGAAGAGUAUCUAUCAAAAAUUUACGAUGAAAUUGCAGGCAAUGAAAUCAAAAUGAAAUCUAAUCCAAAUCGUCCAGGGAAGCAAGUAAUAUCAAGCGAGAAAAAGCGCAGACUGCUCUGGAAUAUGGAGAUGGAAGUGAUAUCCACCGCUGCCAAAAAUCUAAUGGAAUCAGUCAGUCACGUUCAGGCUCCUUUUACUACAGCCAAACAUUUGGAACAUGUUCGGCCCAUGUUCAAAAUGGCAUGGACUCCAUUUUUGGCUGCAUUCAGCGUCGGCCUACAGGAUUGUGAUGAUCCUGAGAUAGCAUCUCUCUGCUUGGAUGGAAUUCGUUGUGCCAUCCGAAUCGCUUGUAUUUUUCAUAUGUCUUUGGAGCGUGACGCUUACGUCCAAGCCUUAGCCAGGUUCACACUUCUGACAGCAAACUCACCGAUAACUGAAAUGAAAGCCAAAAACAUUGACACAAUAAAAACACUGAUAACUGUCGCUCACACCGAUGGCAAUUAUCUCGGAAGUUCCUGGCUAGAUGUCGUGAAAUGUAUCUCUCAACUAGAACUAGCGCAGCUGAUUGGCACUGGAGUUAGACCACAGCUUCUGGGACCUCCUUCGAAGCCACAUUUUCCAUCUCCAUUAGCCAACUUUACUAAUCUCACCCAUAACAAUUCCCAUCAAUCAAACAGUCUCAAUCUCAGCUCUCUGGACCCUAGCGUGAAAGAAUCCAUCGGUGAGACCAGUUCGCAAAGUGUUGUCGUAGCUGUAGAUAGAAUCUUCACAGGCUCAACAAGAUUGGAUGGCGAUGCCAUAGUUGAAUUCGUGAAAGCCCUCUGUCAAGUCUCUCUAGAGGAACUUGCACAUCCAACCCAGCCCCGCAUGUUCUCGCUAACAAAAAUAGUCGAGAUAUCCUACUACAAUAUGGGCCGUAUCAGGUUGCAAUGGUCAAGAAUCUGGCAGGUACUUGGUGAUCACUUUGACCGAGUGGGUUGCAGUCCUCGUCAGGACAUAUCCUUCUUCGCGGUGGACUCCUUGCGACAACUGGCAACAAAGUUCAUCGAGAAGGGCGAGUUCGCCAAUUUCAGAUUUCAGAAGGAAUUUCUCAGACCAUUUGAACAUAUUAUGAAAAAGAAUAGAUCACCGAUUAUACGCGACAUGGUGGUCAGAUGCGUAGCGCAGAUUGUCCACUCUCAGGCGCCUAAUAUUCGGUCCGGAUGGAAAAAUAUUUUCAGUGUCUUUCAUCACGCAGCUAGCGAUCGGGAUGAGUCCGUUGUUGAGCUUGCUUUCUCUAUGACUGGAAAAAUAAUAAAUGAGUUGUAUGCCGAAGACUUUAGCAUCAUGGUAGACUCUUUCCAAGAUGCUGUCAAGUGCCUCAGCGAGUUCGCUUGCAAUGCUUCAUUUCCUGAUACUAGUAUGGAGGCCAUAAGACUGAUACGUUCCUGUGCCUCUUAUAUUGAUGCGAAUCCUCAGCUCUUCGCUGAAGGUAUGAUGGAUGACAACGGUAUGGUUUCUGAAGAAGAUAGAGCCUGGGUCAGGGGUUGGUUCCCACUACUGUUUGAGCUAUCAUGCGUAGUGAGCAGAUGUAAACUGGACGUGAGAACCCGGGCGUUGACAGUGUUGUUCGACGUGGUGAAAACACACGGAGCGUCCUUCAAGCCACACUGGUGGAAGGAUUUAUUCCAAGUGCUCUUUAGAAUUUUCGAUAAUAUGAAAUUACCCGAGCAGCACACAGAGAAGGCUGAGUGGAUGACUACCACGUGCAACCAUGCGCUGUACGCGAUAGUCGAUGUAUUCUCCCAAUUCUAUGAUACAUUGGGACCCCUUCUUCUGGAGCAAUUGUACGCCCAGUUACUGUGGUGCGUUCAGCAGGAUAAUGAGCAGCUGGCCAGGUCGGGCACCAACUGCUUAGAAAAUCUAGUAAUCAGCAAUGGUAUUAAGUUCGAUGAGGGAACAUGGGAUAAGACAAGUCGCUGCGUCCUGGAUAUCUUUGAUAGUACCCUUCCUAUGGCUUUACUCACGUGGAAACCCCAGUCACCGAACAAGGAGUCUGACUUGGAGGUGAUCACAGGAGAUUCUGAGAGUCAUAUAGGAAUUCUAAAACGAAGUAAUAGCACGCAGAGUCUAUUAACUGGCGAGGAUACAAGAGCCAAACUGUUCUCUGCGUUGUUAAUAAAGUGCGCCGUUCAAUUGGAACUUAUUCAGACCAUAGACAAUGUGGUGUUUUACCCAGCAACCUCGAGAAAGGAGGAUCAGGAGAAUUUAGCCCUGGCACAGGCGGACAUGCUCAACGGAAGGUCGUCGGAGCUUGGUGUCAGAGGCGGUGGCGAUCAGCAGAAGGAAGAGCAAGGAAUGUACUGCGCCCUGACCACCCAUCAUCUCCUGCAACUUGUGGAGUGCCUACUAAAGUCUCACCGCUUUGCCAAGAGCUUCAAUGCCAACCACGAGCAGCGAAAUGUCCUGUGGAAGGCAAGCUUUCGGGGUAAUGUGAAGCCAAAUCUACUGAAACAAGAGACCCAAUCCCUAGCUUGCGCAUUGCGCAUCCUCUUCAAGAUGUAUAGCGACGAAGCACGUAGGGAUGACUGGUCCAAGGUAGAAUCACGCCUUGUCGAAGUAGCACGUGAAGCUUUGGAAUAUUUUCUGGCCUUAUCCAGCGAAGCUCAUCGAGACGCGUGGACACCUAUACUUCUUCUUCUUUUAACCAGGAUCCUUAAGAUGUGCGAUAACAGAUUCGCCGUUCACGCCUCCAGCUGCUAUCCGUUACUCUGCGAAGUGAUGUGUUUCGAUCUCAAACCAGAGCUGCGUUCCGUCCUGCGUAGGUUUUUCCUCAGGAUUGGACCGGUGUUCAGGAUUACACAGUAGUGACGAUGUAACUAAUGUAAAACACAUUCUUUGUAUUAUUAUUAACUGUUAUACAGAUAUAUAUAUACACACACAUAUAUACAUAUAUAAAUAUUAUACAUAGUCAGUUAAUAGACAUAUAUUAUAUUCGUUACGGACAGACAGCUACGUCAAAGGUAGAUAGCCAUUGUUUUAUGAUUUCCUAGAUUUUCCUUGUUAUACGUAGUUCAUAAAAAUUAACUUAUACGAUCAUAAAUACACAUAUGUAUAUUCAUGCUCGAAUACACGAUUAUUCACGCUUGA